UUUAUUUGUUCCUCUCACCGAUAAGUAACUCCCGCGCCCACAAAAACCUAAUUCCUCAUAGCCGCUUUGCUUGUGCAGACAGCCGCCACCGGCAACCCUAACCAGAGCAGCACUCGCACGCCAUGGCGGAUGCUUCAGAUGCCGUGGACGUCGGAGGGGCUCCCAAGAAGAGAACCUUCAGGAAGUUUUCUUAUCGCGGAGUCGAUCUCGAUCAGCUCCUUGACAUGGGCCUCGACGAGCUCGUCAAGCUCUUCGGUGCGCGUGCUCGCAGAAGGUUUCAGAGGGGAUUGAAGAGAAAGCCAAUGGCUUUGAUUAAGAAGCUUCGCAAAGCUAAACGAGACGCACCUCCUGGUGAGAAGCCUGAGCCCGUGAGGACGCAUCUUAGGAACAUGAUAAUAGUUCCAGAGAUGAUUGGGAGCAUCAUUGGUGUCUACAAUGGAAAAACUUUCAACCAGGUUGAGAUAAAGCCCGAAAUGAUUGGUCACUACUUGGCCGAGUUCUCCAUCUCAUACAAGCCUGUGAAGCACGGAAGACCUGGUAUUGGUGCCACGCACUCCUCCAGGUUCAUCCCACUGAAGUAAACAAUGCCCCAGUUGAAGAAAUGUCAGAAGAAGUUUCUAUUGUGGUUUUGUUAUUCCUCUUGUGUAUUUCCUAUUCUAGGACCUUCUAAUGGCUUUCGGACGAAUCAUUUUCCUUUUCGCAAUUUUGAGCCAAGUAAUUUUGGGUCAUGAAUGUUUGCUUUGCUUUAUUUAAAGUGGGUAUUUAAGCUUAUGACUUGUUUAUGGAAUUCAUUUGCUUAGGUUUUA